CGAACGUGAAUACCCGUUGGCCUUCUCCAGCCGACAUAAACGGAUCGUUCGACUGGAUUUCAGAGCACAGCCCAUUCUGAACAAAGCGAAGACCGAAGGAGAAAAAACAGCCAUGGACUCGAAGCUCACACUGACUGUGGCAGCAACACUAGCGUUCAUUUCAUUCGUGUUGGGUCUUUUAUACCCAGGCAGUCUCAAUCCCUUUGCGCCGCGUGCUAUACCGGGGUCCCACGACCAGCUCCACGCGGCAGAGAUUAUCCAACUGACCGGAGCGGUGGGACCGGAGAGCCUCGCGUUCGAUCCUAAUGGAGAAGGCCCCUACACCGGCGUGGCGGAUGGCCGGAUCCUCAAAUGGCAAGGCGAUGUCCGUGGUUGGACUGAUUUUGCUUUCACCACUUCUGCAAGGAAGGAGUGUUUUCGUCCAUUUGCACCAGAACUGGAGCAUUUAUGUGGGAGACCUUUAGGGUUACGGUUUGAAAAGAAAACGGGAAAUCUCUAUAUUGCUGAUGCCUACUUGGGUCUUCAAGUAAUAGGGCCUGCUGGUGGUUUGGCCACUCAAGUUGUCACAGAAGCUGAAGGUCAACCCCUUCUCUUCACCAACGAUAUGGAUAUUGAUGAGCAUGAAGAUGUGAUUUAUUUCACAGAUACAAGCAGAAGUUUCCAGAGAAGGCAAUUCAUGGCAUCAAUCUUGAGUGGAGACAAGACAGGCAGGUUACUCAAAUACGAUAAAUCAGGCAAAGGACUAACAGUCUUACUAAAAGGCCUUGCUUUUGCCAAUGGAGUAGCAUUGAGCAAUGACACCUCGUUUGUGCUAGUAGCUGAAACCACUACUUGCCGUAUCCUUAGGCUUUGGCUUCAUGGUCCUAAUGCUGGAAAUGUAGAUGUUUUUGCUGAGCUUCCAGGAUUCCCGGACAAUGUAAGACGAAAUUCAAGAGGGGAGUUCUGGGUUGCCUUGCAUGCAAAAAAAGGGCUUUUUGCAAGCUGGAUUCUGUCUAAUUCAUGGGUCGGAAAAACACUGCUAAAGCUUCCACUCAGCUUCAAGCAGCUGCACUCACUGUUAAUCGGAGGAAAGGCCCAUGCUGCUGCUAUAAAAUUAAGUGAGGAGGGAAAAUUUUUGGAAGUUUUAGAAGACAGUGAAGGAAAGACUGUAAGGUUUGUUAGUGAAGUGGAAGAGAAAGAUGGGAAGCUUUGGAUUGGAUCGGUCCUGACGCCUUUUCUAGGCGUUUAUAAUAUGUAACCGCAUUAUGCGGCCCCUUGAGAAGACCGAGUCACUUAUUUAAUCUAUUUUUUACCUUUUGUAAUUAUUUUCGCAAUGUUUUA